GCCGGGGGGUGUUGGGGGCCGCGGUGCCCGCGUAGGGCGUCUGAGGUGUCCUCGCCUCGGAGGGCUGGAUCCCCAGGGUGGGAUGUCCGGGGUUCCCCGUCGCCCCGUAACUGCAGGCUUUCGUGGAGAGAAAGCCGGGGGGCUCUCGGUGCGCCCGCAGCGCUUGUGGAGCCAGGACUGUAAGCCCCUCGCGAAGCGUUAUUUUUAUAUCAGUAAAAGCGUGGAACUGAUCUCGCAGUGCGUUCUAGGCUGCCACCAGCAUCGUCGCAGCCUGCUUCCAGAAGCCGUUUGUGCAUCUGGGGCGUGCAAAGAACGGAUUUCUGCAAACUUCGCAACAGAACCGGAGCAUUAUGUCAUCCUCUCACCAGCCUGUGUCUCGCAGGUAGGCCCGAGUUCACAACACCCAACGGUUCUGCUUUCCGAGGCCAAGCAGUGCCCAGCCUGCUCCUCCACGGGCCAGCGGGCCCCGCAGCGCUACCCGAAAUGCCGGGCAGGGCACGCAGGAACCGCGCAGGUCAGCGGCUGCAGUGCUGCGAGCCCGCCCGGCAGCGGCAGGGCCCCUGCAGGCCUUCUGGAUGGAUCACCUCUUCGGACACAAAGCGCUUGGAAUCGCCAGGUGUGCUAUAAUUUGCAUUUUGGUGCAAACAACGAGUCCCUAAGGUGUUUUUGGCCAAAUAGGUUGUUUCAUCUCAACUCCAAGUGCGCAAAGCAUCUUCUGACUCCCAUCUUUAGGCAGAAUUGUUGCCACGGUUUUCUCCCAAGGAGGUUUAAAAGCCAGUCGCAGCUGUGGUGCCAGGGCGGGACAGCUGCCGAGGUGCGGUUCUGCUCCUGCACAGCACAGGGCCGGUCUCUGCUGCAGCCACGUGCUACAGGAGAAGUGAGGCAAAGAUCUUGUUAGGCACCUGCAUGCUGUUGACAUUUAAGCAAUUAAAAACAGCUGAAAAGAAGAUCAGUCUGCUGUACUGUAGGAAAGUCACAGGAGGCUUGAUCUGAUGUCACUAGCUUCUGCAUCACGUCUCCGUGGUUUGGAAAUGCUGAAAAAGGAAGGCCCCCACCACCAAGUUUCACUCAGCAUUUGAGAUGAACCAGGCACGCGACCCCUCCAGAACCUCUGGCUUUGUGCAGGCGGCGGGAUGCCUACCGAGGCUAAGAAAGCUGCAAUGUUGGGAAGAAGGAUGGAAAGGACGCUUCCCCUGGGAAGGACAGGUGGCCAUUUCAUGCCACCAGUGCUAGAGCCUGUCCCUGGCCUGGAGUCGGAGCAAGGCUGGGCGAGCACCGCUGCCACCAGGAAAUCAGAGGGGCGGCGUGUCAGGAGGGUGAGGCCGGAGCUGCCCCUUCCAACAGCAGCGAGCACAGCGUUUGUUAAGCUGUGGAGCGAAACUGUGCUGCAAGAGUUGGGGUGAGGUGAUAAUUAGCAGGUGGAGAGCAGAAACUUUCUGACAGGGAUCAAAGCACUCUGCUAAUACUUGAGGCUCAAGACCUGCCCAUGACAGAGCAGCCUUGCUGCUGUAAGAGUGCUCCUGUCCUGUGUGAGCAGCGCCUCUCCUGCUCUGUCUGCACCUCUGCCACCAGCUCCUGCUGCCUUUUGUUGAGCCUUGCAACAGGGCAGCUGCUGGGCAAACUGAGUCGGACCUUCUCUUGCGGAUGUGGAGCCUUUCCUGUGGCUCAUCUGGCAAAAUCCAAGAACUCAUCCGGGGACAUCAUCACCUCUGGGUGCCUGGUGCUCGUGCCACGCAGCAGCCUCGGCCGUGGCAAAGGACGGCUCAGCCUCGUGGUGCGGCCGCGGUGACGCCGGGAGAGCUGCCCACGUUUGCAGGCCUGCGGGCGGUCUCUGGACAGAAAGCUGCAGAGACCGCUCCUGGGGAAGUCCCGAACGCUGCCCAGCAUCCCGCAGUCCCCGGUCCUGAGCAGGCUUCCCCUCCUUGACUCCACAGCAUAUAGGGAAGAGAUGCCGGAGCAGAAGUCCUACAAGAAGCACUCGGCCUCUGAUGGCCAGAAGGGCUGCACGGUCCCAUCUGCUGGGGAGGCCUGGCGGCUGGAGGACGACUGCAUGGACCCUCCCGGGGAUGCCCAGCUGCAGCCGCGGCUCCGCACGGCGGUGGAGGAUGCCCCGUUCAGCCACUUCCGCACCCGCUCCUUCUACAUGCGGAAGAGCCUGUCGGUCGACAACCACCUGGGGUCCCUGGGCUACGCCGUCCACCCGGCGGAGACGAAAGCCGAGCGCGUCAGGACCAAGCUGCGGCGGCAAUUCAGCCUGGGGUCAGCAGACAAGAAGGACUUUUACCAGCCAAAGUCGGAAAGCAGCCUCUCUAGGUUUGCCCACCGCUUGUCAGUUAAGCAGAAGCAGGAGAAGAGAAGGAAAGCUGAGUAUGCCUCGGCCGAGCUGUCUGCCUUCCGGCCCAGGUCUCUGAGCAUUGAAUGGUCAUCCUCUCCCAAAAUGACGCAGCAGAUGCGGGACCUGCAGCUGGCACAGGCCAGGAAGCCGCCGGGCCCUUCCUCGCCGAACGCGGCCAAAAGGCUCUACCGAAACCUCUCGGGGAAGUUCCGAGUCAACUACACGUCCUUUGAUGAGGGCAGCCUGGCAGGACGGGGCGAGAAGGAGAAGCUCCGCAAGUCCUACCUGUUCCAGAGCAAUGCUGCGCUCUUCGAGGCCGUGGAGCUGCAGGACCUGGACCGGGUGCAGGAGCUGCUGAAGCAGUACAGCCCCGAGGAGCUGGACCUCAACACCCCCAACAGCGAGGGGCUGCUGCCCCUGGACAUCGCCAUCAUGACCAACAACGCUCCCAUCGCCAGGGCCCUGCUGCAGGCAGGAGCAAAGGAGAGCCCGCACUUUGUCAGCCUGGAGAGCCGCUCGCUGCACCUCUCCACGCUGCUGCGGGAAGCGGAGCAGCGCGUCAACGAGCUGACGGCGCAGGUGGUGAACGAGGCACCCAACGCCGACUGCUCCGAGAAGGAGAAGCAGCUCAAGGCCUGGGAGUGGCGAUACCGGCUGUACAAGCGCAUGAAGGCAGGCUUUGAGCAUGCCCGAGUGCCGGACCCCCCCAGCAAUGUGCACCUCUCAGUGGCCAGCAGCUCCUCGGUGCAGGUGACCUUCUGGGAGCCCCUGAGUGUCAACUCGGCCGUUGUCACCAAAUACAAGGUGGAGUGGAGCUGCUCCCCCACCUUCUCACCGCUGCUGGGGGAGGCCGUGGUGGACAAGCUGAAGAGCCUGCACUUCACCAUCCGGGGGCUGGCGUCGGGCACAGCUUACUACGUCCAGGUGUCUGCCUACAACAUGAAAGGCUGGGGUCCCCCCCAAGCCUCAGUGCCCCCCUUCGCCAUCCCUUCCAACUGGAGGGAGUACGACGGCCGGGCCCCGCGGCGCAGGGGCCAGGCUGAAGCUCUGGACCACCUGCUGGGCCAGGUGAAGACCGCCCACCAGCACUGCGUGUGCCACGAGCCCUGCAAGAACCAGCCCCAGAGCAGGAAGCACUCGGUCUCCAAGAGCCUCAAACACCUCUUCCACGCUGGCAGCAAGUUCCUCAAGACACUGAAGCGGGGCCUCUACCUGACAGCCAUCUUCUACAAGGACGACAACAUCCUGGUGACCCACGAAGACCAGAUCCCAGUGGUGGAGAUCGAUGACACCUACUCGUGCCUGCUCAUGCAGGAUUUCCUUUGGUUCACCAAGGUGUCGUGCAUGUGGGACGAGAUCCUGUGGCUGCGGCAGUGCGUCACCGUCUCCCAGUCGUCCUGCUCCUGCAUCCUGCAGACGCGCUUCAAGAUGCUGCUGGCCAUCUCGCAAAUGCAGGGGCUGCUGGGCAUCCAGGACCUGGGGCAGGUCUUCUUUGAGCCCAUCAAAGACAAGCAGGGCAACAUCCUCAUCGUCACCCUGAAGGAGGUGAAGACCAACCAGACCUUCGAGAGUGUCCGCUGGGUUCCCAUCUGCAAGCUGCAGACAAGCCGCAAGUCCGUGUCGUCCCCGGAGGAGCCCACUGCCCUGGACACGCUGCUCAUCUCCGUGCAGGACAAGCUGGCUUACCACCAGCGGAGCAGCCAUGCCCUUUCCCCGGGCCUCUACCUGGGCUACCUGAAGCUCUGCAGCGCCGUGGACCAGAUCCGGGUGCUGGUGCCGGAGCAGCUCCCCAACAUCUUGUGCCACGUGAAGAUCCGCUCCAACCCCAACAUCUCCAGGGAGGAGUGGGAAUGGCUGCAGAAGAUGGCCAGCAUGGAGGAGCCCGUUUCUGCGGAGCCAGAGGCUGAGACAUCCCAAAACCACUUGUUCCAGGAGCUCCAGGCGGCCAUCAAGGAGCUGAUGACCCUGGUCAACAUCCCAUUGCAAGAGGCCAAAGAUUUCCGUCUAUACAGCCAAGAGGUGCUGGACUUUGGGGGCCAGGUCUCCUUCCUGCUGCUGCUGCCUCCCUCAGAUGAUGUCUGCACGGCGCCAGGCCAGAACAACCCCUACACCCCUCAGUCUGGCUUCCUCACGCUGCCGCUGCAGAUCUUUGAGCUGGUGCACUUCUUCACAUACGACCGGGAGUUCAUCAUGCAGUACUGCCAGGUGUCUGCCCUCCUGGAGCUGGAGUCGCUCCUCUCGCAGCAGAGCCUCAGGGAAGCCUUCUCUGACGCCGAGCUCUCCACGGCGAAGCAGAGGCACCAGCAGGUGCAGGACUACAUCCAGCAAAUGGAGGAGAUAUGGCGUGAGAUGCGCUGGAUUAUGGAUGCCCUGCAGCACGCCCGGUACAAGCAGCCUUCCUGUGGGGUGUCCCUCAGCGGGUUCCUCAGCACCUCGAGUAGUGCCAUGAAGGAGAAGACCCAAUCCUCCUCGUCCCACCUCGACUUCCUUCCCUCCCCAGCACCCUCACCAGAGACCAGCCGUAAGCUCAACUCCGACCUGCACGGGCUGUCGGACGAGGAGGGCUCCUCUGAGGUGUUCCUGGCCACCGACAGUGACUACGACUCCAGCAGGGCGCAGAGCCCAAAGGAGCUCGACCUGGUGUCCUCCUCCUCGGGGACGGAGUGCUGUAGCAGGAGGGCGACCCGCAGCCUGCGGGACAGCGCCCCGGACGUCCUGCAGAGCCACGAGCUCCAGCCGGUGCCGUUGCCCCUGCCGGAGCCCCGGCCGCCCCCCGAGCUCUACGACAGCGACUUUGUCCUGCCCAGCCGGCAGAUCGAGCUGCUGCGCAUCACGGAGAAGCGGCAGGCGUACUGCGUCCGAACCAGCAGCUUGGACUUCCCCAAGCCGCUCUGCCCGGUGGCCAGGAAGUCCUGCCCCGGCUCUGUUGACAGCUCCCCGACGGAGAGCAGGACCCCCGGCGGCCACGGCAGCCAGCUCAGGCUGGGGACUGGCUCUGCACCCAGCCCCGAGCGCAGCCGGACGCGCUCGGCUGAGUGGACUCCGAGCUUCCAGGAGCCACUGGAGCAGCCCGGGUGCUUGGCCGACCGUGGGAAGAAGCCGGGCUCUGUCACCUUGCGGGUCUGCCCUCAGUACGAAACCGGACUCUCCAAAGAGACCAGUGUCAAGCUGCACAUCACCAGCCAGACGUCGGCCGGGGAGGUGGUGAAGCUGGUGGUGCUGGAGAUGAACGACGUCUCCCGCGGCGUGCUGGGUGGCUCGGCCGCCUUCUGCUACGGCGAGGAGCAGCUGGAGCACUUCGGACUGGUGUUCGCCUCCGAGGAGAGCGAGCGGUGGCUGCCCGAUGACUUCCUGCCCCUGUCCCUGCACACCGCCCGGCCCGAGGGGCGCUUCUACGUCCGCAUCAAGGAGACGUCCCCCCUGGUGCUGCAGUUCGGGCCCGCCACCACCGUAUGAGAGGAGCGGCGGUGGCGCAGGGCCUUGGCCCUGCAGCAGACAGCGCGUCUCUGAUGCUUCCUUCUUCCACAGACACCCUCUCAUCAGGCGUCCGCGGGGUGGAAUGGGAUCAUACCGGGCUGUGUGUUACUUGUUUGUGUUGGGGUUUUUUGUUUUUUUUUUGUUGUUUUAUUUUUUUAACCAAAGAGACGUCGAGACUCAGUUUUUCUGACUGCAGAAGAUGAGGGUGGAGCGCGGAGACCUCAGAGCUUGGGAGGAAUCCUUGCAGGAAUGGAAUUUUUGAAAGCAAACAUUUUUAAGGGGAAAGGGUGGGGGGAGAGAGAGGAAAAAUAUUACGCGAAGAAACAGCAAUACUCAUUUUUUUUUUUUCUUUCUUUUUCUGAAAAUCCUUGUCUGGGAUUUAGUGAAGGAAGAGCCACAGAGGAUUGCUGGCUAGAGUCGCGGUAUCGAUGAGGAGAGGGCAUGAUGCACAAGGACAGCACUGAGAAGGGUGUUCCCUAUCCGUCCUCGUUUCACUGUACCUGGAGAAACAGUUCUUGCACAUAGUUCUCAGAACAGAAUGUGUUUUGGUUUUGUUUUGUUUUGUUUUCUGAAAAAAAAAAUGUGCUAGAGACACUGGAGUUGUAUAGGAGGUGAAGACCCUUUUAUUUGUUUUAGAGGCAAAAGGAAGCAACGCCAACAGCCCCCCACUCACAUGCACGUGUACGCAGCUGUGCUGACACCACCACUAGAGGUUUGCUAUAGGGCAUCUGCUGCAGCACACCCAGCACCACCUUGGGAUUCCCUUUCCUCCUCGGUUGCUGUUUUGUUCUGGUGAUUGUGAGUGGCCUCUCUUGUAUGUCCUACAGCAUGACACUUUGUUAGCAACUAGGUCUCUUGUUCACAAGGUUAUUUUUCUGAUCUCCUGUGGUCCAUAGUAAAGAUGACUGCUGCUGA